AUGAGUGAAGGUACAGCAACGAUUCGUACUCGUAAAUUCAUGACCAACAGAUUGUUGGCUCGCAAGCAAAUGGUAUGCGAUGUUCUCCAUCCAGGCAAACCAACCGUCAGUAAGACGGAAAUUCGUGAAAAGCUGGCGAAGAUGUACAAAGUGACACCCGAUGUUGUUUUCGUGUUCGGCUUCAAAACUAACUUUGGAGGCGGCAAGUCUACUGGUUUUGCCCUCAUCUACGACACAUUAGAUUUCGCAAAGAAAUUCGAGCCUAAACACAGGCUGGCUCGCCACGGUCUAUACGAAAAGAAGAGACCCACACGUAAACAGCGUAAGGAACGUAAGAACAGAAUGAAGAAGGUACGUGGUACUAAGAAAUCUAAAGUAGGUGCUGCCGCCAAGAAGUGA